UUACGCCUGUAUCUACCAGUCCCGGUCGUGCAUCCUCGCCGAACUCCUCGCGGCUGUUGUGUGAUCGACGGCUGGUGGGUCGCAGGAGACACCCAGGUCAGCAUCAACCAGUAUGCCGCGCAUCACGACGAGGAAGCGUUUCAUCGAGUUCACGAAUACAUACCAGAGCGCCGGCUGCCAGACAGACCCGACGAGUUCAGGAACGAUCGAUUGGGUUCUGUUCAACCGUUCCACAUCGGGCCGAGGAAUUGCUUGGGUUGA